AUGGAUUUCCUUGACGACUUCGGCGACUCUGAUUCCUCCUGCUCCGGUGAGGAAGCGCUUCCUCCAGUCCCUGUGGACCGCGCCAACACUGAUGUUGGCGUCCAUGUCCCCUUGCCUGACUUGUCUGCCCGCUGUAUCGGGGACGACGUCAGCUGGAAGGGCUCUAAGGUCACCCGUUUUGCAUGCAUCCAGUGCGGUAGCAACGGCCGUGACCGUUUCCAGUGGGGACUCUGGCAGGGGCAGGGCCUCUCCGCCCUGGGCACCGACGUGGGCAUCCUUUCUGAAACGGCUCUCUCCACAGAAGCCCAGCACUCUCUUGCUUGUCGCGGGCUGUCGGCGGCCGGCUUUCACGCCAUUAGCCACGGCCACGACUCUGCCACGCACUCCCCUUCGGGUAGGGGGGUGGUCCUUGCGGUUCGGUCGGGUUAUGCUGGUCAGUGGUCGGAGGUUGCACGUGACCAGCACGGCCGGGCGUUAGCUGGCACCCUUGUCUCCUCCCAUGGCCUGUGCGUUCGUGUUGUUGGCCUCUACUGCCCUGUUGGGGCCUGCCUGCCUUCCUUCUCAGCCAACGCUGCCCUCCUCGCUGAAGAAUCCGCCACCAAGCACUUCAUUGACACACAAAUUCAACAUGCGCAGGCUCGUAAUCAGCUUCUUCUUGUGGGAGGCGACCUGAACUCCUUCUGCUCCCGUGACCUCGACUGCUGGGAAGGUUCCUACACCUUUCGACCCGAGUGCGUAGCUGCCCACCUCCUAGCACACGGUCUCGUGGACUCCUUUCGUGCUCGCCACCCUACCCUGCGUGCCUAUACCUUCUUCUCCUCCUCUGGCGCUGCCAGUCGCCUUGACGCCUUGUGGUGGUUGCCUUCCCCCGACUCCCUCACUUCUGUGCUCAACUCUUCUGUGCUGUGGCACUGGGACAGGCGUGUUGACCAUGAGCCGGUCGUGGUUGAUCUUGAUAUCUCUCUCCCCGAGGGCAUGGAUGGUCUGUUGGGGCAACCAAGCAUCCUGGUUCCGCAGUCCCUUUCAGCUCGUCUUUCUUCCGCGUUCGACGUGCUCGCCACGUCUUUGCUCGAGUGCCUCCCCCCUGCCCUCCCCCCUGCCCUCCCUGUGGGCAAUCACCAAGCAGGCCGUGCCUCCGCAGCUUGGCACGCCUGCCUCCUCGAGCUGCGUCGUCUCCGGCGCUCCUUACUCGAUUCUCUCACGCCCUCCACCACACAUACCCGCGUCUCCUCUUUCCCGCUAACAGACGUGUGGGCACUUUGGUCCAAAGCGUCGGACAUGGAGCGCCACCUCCACAGCUCUGGUGUUCACACACCCGCACUUCCUCGUUGGGACUCCUUUUCGGACUCGCCUCUGGAGUGGGCUGGUCACCUCGGCUUUCCGGCUGAAGUCGCGGCAGACGUGCUGACCGUGCCGGGCGCGUCUUCAGUCGUUCCUCCGGUUGCACCCGUGUCCUGGGACAGCUUGCCUUCCUCCCCGGCCCCCUCAGCCUGCUUGGCCUUGGUUCAGACCUGGAUACGCGAGGCGGAGCGCCGUCAGGCUGCUACCACCAACCGGCAAUGCUCCACCGCCCGUGCCCGCCGCUUGGAACUCCUCCGUCUAGGGGAUGUCAAAGCCUGGGCCAAAAGCAUGCGUCCCCUCAACGCCCCACAUUCCCGUUUCUCUCCCGACUGGGUGCGGGGGGCUGACGGCACACGUCGGCGCCCCGCAGCGCAAGCGGAUAUCCUCCAAGGCUCUGUCCAGGAAUGGGGCCGCUUGCUUCAGGAGCCCGUCAAUUUCUGGUCACACGAGGCUGUGCAGCCCUUCAGCACUUCUUCCGCGCCCCAUCGCGGCACACUGAACUUUGAGGUCUUGGCUUAUGCCGCUGCAGGCUCCCCGCUCGCCCUCGUGGGGCAGGCAAUGCUUCACCCAGGCCCUUGGCGCCUGGUGCCUGUCUGCGCGGCUGACGUACGGUAUCUCUCUCCGGCCUCCUUGCGUGUCGCAGAUUGGGUGUUGUCUCUACGUGGCGGUAACUGGUUCGCUGCGCGGCCUAUGCCCUGCCCUGGCCCCUUGUUUGUGCUUCUGAGCUUUUGUGGCAAGCCUGCGUCGGAGAUCACCUUGGACCACUUCCGCUGGCCACCCGCGGACGCCGUCAUGGUGAUCAGAGAGUUCUCACCCCCCGACACGUCGGCUGUGUCACCCACCUCCACUGCUGAGCGCCUCUCCCUGUGUGCGAGAUUCCGUCACUCCCGCCCUGGCCCCAGUGGCUGGAAGGUUUGCUACAUUGAGGCCUUUCCGCCCUGGCUCCAGGACCUCUACUGGACGGCCAUUGACCUACAGCGUUUAACGGGCAUCGUGGCCCCAUCGCUGCAAGUGGCUGUUCAAGUCCACCUGGCCAAGCCCGCUGGUGGAUGGCGUCCCCUCUCUAUGCUCGAGGAAGGCCUCAAGUCCAUUGAAGCCCCAGUGGCCGCGCGCCUAUCCAACGCCCGCCUCGGCUGCUGCCUCGACCACCCCUUCAGCCACCUUAACAGGGCGUACGCAAAAGGCGUCCCCGCCGCGGUGCAGGUCCUGUACCUUGACUGCUUGGUCUGCGAGGACGCUUUGCGCCACCGCAGGCCGCUUCUGCGCGUCCCCGCUGACUAUGAGAAAUUCUUCAACACUCUCCAGCUUCCUCAGGUGGACGCCCUUCAGCAAGCACGCGGCUUCCCCGAUAGUGUCCGUCGCCUGCACCAAUCUCUUUUCGCACACUCCCAGGUCCUGCUCGACACCCGGGCAGGCCUUUCCAGCCCUAUCAGCGUCACGCGUGGCGUCCCACAGGGCUCCGUUUCCUCCCCGGAGUUGUCUCGUGCUGCCCAAGACCCCAUCUUGCGCCUCCGUUCCUCGGACGGCGCUGCUUACGUCACCAGCACUGGUCGGCGGGUUGUGGCGGCUGGUUAUGUGGAUGACAUCGAACAUUAUGGGAGUGGUGUCGCUGAUUUACCCGCCGCUCUAGGCAGCCGCGCUUCCGGCGUUGGCUUUGCUUGGCCCAAAUUCUCUGCCUACGCUUCCGACUGGGAUGAGGUUGACAAACUCCUCGGCAAGCAUGGCACUCCACUUGAUCGCCACUCCCUUGCCUCCGAAGAUCUCCUCGGCAGGCUCCCUUCUGCACGCCAGCGGCUUGCGGCAAAGCAUUGCUCAUGGGACGAGACGCUUGCCAUGAUGCAGUGGGUUCUCGGCGGUGUCCUCAACUAUGCUCCUCUAAUCGGGUUGCCCGCCCCAGCUGAUGCGCAUCGAGAAGACGCUGCCUUCCACCGGCUCAUCCUCUCCGGGCUCGGAGUCCGGCGCACAGCAGAACACGUCAGUUUGUCCGCCCCUCGUUCUUCGGGGGGUCUCGGGGCCCCGCUCAUUUCCGAACUCCUUGUGGCCGCAGUCGCCUCCGACGUCUUGUUGCUGCUCAACGGCGUCGAGCAGGCUGCCGCGGUAGCCCGGGACACAAUCCGGCAGGCUAUGGAUUGCCCUCCGCACGAGGUCCCAGAUCAUGCUGGGCUCCUCUCCAACGCCCUCCACUUCCUUGCCGGUUAUGGCCUCUACCUUUCCCUCUCCACGGGGAUCGGUUUGUUUGACGCUGCAGCCCGCUUCUCUCGUGUGGGGCUGCUCGCCAACUCUGUCCGCACCGCCUACCAUGCCAUUCUCCUCCUGCCGGAUCCGCCGGCGCAACUCGUUAUCCCGGAGACCUGGGCGGCCCAUCUGCCUGCGCACGCCCCGGUCUCCGCUCAGGCCUGUGCGCGCGCAGCUUCUGCAGCCCUCCGGCAGUCGCGUGCUGAUUUCGAGGCGGAAUGCCGCCUUUUUGCUGUGCCGUGCCCGCUGCGCCCACCCUCUGAAGACUGGCUCCCUGCCGCUUGGUCUACCCCCUGGGACCCUCUGGUUGAUCCCCGGUCCUCCCAUCUUCUGCAGAGGGCGGCGAUCCCAGCAGGCGACUUGUUUCACUUCCUCUCACGGUGCCACAUUCGCCUGCCAGGUUGGGCCCACUCGUCCAUACACACGGCCGAGCUUCUGUCGCUGGUUGUAGCUCUCCGCUUCCGCCAGCCGGGUCAUUGGCACCUAUUGGCUUUCGACCGCUCCUCGCUCUUUGACAUACUUGUUAUGGUGGACCGGGGUGUCACUCAAGACCUCCUCACCUCGCCGGGUCUUCCUCUCGUCUGCCACCUCCGUCGGCUCCUUGGUGAGCUCGCGGAUUCUUGGAAGGAUCCUCCCCCUCAACCAGCAUGGCGGCUCCAGCAGGAGCAGGCCCCAUCGCUGUGGAAUGUGCGGUUGCCGCUCGAGGGGCGUGUCCGCCAGUUCUCCAAGAUUGCUUUCGUGAGACAUGGUGUUGUGGGGGUUCACGUUCGCAGCCAUCAGACUCACUCCUCCCAUCCCUGUUCCGCUGUGGUCCAGGGUAAUGAGGUGCAAGAUGAGGGCUGCCGUCAGGGGGACGUUGCGCCCCUUGACCUGUCAGCGAUGGCCUUUCGCUGUCUCCGGGCCAUCGGCGGCAGCUGGACGGAGCGCCUGCGUUCCCAGCCUGAAUCUGCUGCAACAGCUGCUGCGUGGGUGGAGCAGCAGCCACACCCUCCAUCAGUCCGCCUUUGCCCCCUGUGCCGGGAUGGUCCGGGCACUCCCCGGCAUGUUGUCAUGGCCUGCGCAGCCAUGGCCCCGCUGGCGGACCUCCUUCGUGACGCGCUUGAGGCCGAUUUGUCCCAGCAUGCCGCCACAGAUGCGCUCUUACAGGCUGCCGCUGACUGGCGAGGGUCUUUGCCACGUGACCGCGUGCCAAGUCCCCCUCCUCUGGCCUCUCAGAAUCGUUGGCCGCUGCUCUCUGCUUGGCGCUGGCUGGUUCCCAUUCCCGACCGGGAGUCCCUUCUAUCUGUGGAUGUUAAUGGUAGCAGCGCGGUCUCCACCAGCAGGGAGACAGGGUCGGACCUCGCCUACCGCGGUGUCCUCCCGCUGCAGCUCGGUGUGGCCCUCUGCCGUUCGGGGCUCUCCUCCUGGGCCUGCGCCGCAUCCGUGCGGAGUACCAGCGCCGCAUUCGCUCGUGCUGCCACCCCGGUCCCUGCGCCGCUGCUGGACGCUGCCGCGCCGCGGCAAGUGGAUCCUCUUCUGGUUUGGCUGUACUCGCCGUCAGGUUCAGCUGUCCUUAGAGAGCUGCGUUGGUCCCUCCUCUCCCUGCCUUCGGCAGCCUCCCGGGUGCGUUUAGCUUCGGGCUUCAGGUCGCGUGCUGAAUCGGCUAUCAAGUCGCUUCUCUUUGAGGCCGGUGUGGCCUUGCUUGUUGAUGGCAUUCCUAGCUGGGGCCCAGACUGGCCAUCCUGGGACGAAGCCUUGUCCGGCCUCUCCCGCCCAUGCUUGUGCCCUGCCUCUGGUCAAUCCCGGCUCAUUGUCUCCUGCUGGGCGUGUGGCGGCCCGGACUUUCCCCACCAUUCUGGCGCGGUGCAGCCUUGCCCCUGGUGCAAGUCCCGGCUCGGAGACCCCUGCGCAUCCUGCCACACAGUCCUCCAUUGUCGCGGACGCUGCCGCUGGAACUCUGGCGCGCAUGCUGCUUAUGUCUCUCAGGCUCCAGGUGUCCCCACGCUGUGCCCCGACUGCUGGUGGGAAUGGGUCAAGCAGCUGGCCUCCAACCCGCGCUGGCGCAGGCGCCCUAUCCCUCUCUCCGAGCCUCUCCACGCGCACCUCCGCCUGGCGGCGUCACAGUGCUGCCCAGGUGCCGGCUCUCAGCAGGGACCCUUGCCCCUGCCCGGACUCCGCCGAGUCCGCCGGUGGCUCCUCACCAACAUCCGCCACUCCGGUGGCUCCGACAUGGAGCAGCUUCUCUCUCUCUUCUGCUCGCAGUUCCCGGCCGCUGAGGCCACGUGCUGCUCGACGCUCCUGCGUCGCGCCUCGCAGGCUCUACAGGCAGAAGGUUUGGCAGUGUACAUAGACCCUCACCUCGUUCCUUUGCGUGCCGCGUGA